AUGAAGGAGACCAACGUGGUGCUCGCCUUCCUCUUCUCGGCCCUGGCAGGCCUGCAGACGGUGAACCGGCAGCGCCUGGUCGUCAUCCUCUGGGUCAUCUCGGGGUCGAGCCUGUGCGUCUCCGGCGAGCUGCACUUCGCCCUGACAGGCUUCCUCCUGCAGCUCGUCUCGCAGUUCGCGGAGUGCUGCCGCGCCGUCAUCGCGGAGCUGGUUCUCUCGGGCAACAACUACAAGCUCGACUCGCUCAGCUACGCCUUCUUCAUCUCGCCCGUCUGCCUGGUGGUGCUCGUCAUCGGCAACAUCGUCACGUGGAAGAGCGAGAUCCUGACGGACGCGGGCGCGAUGUGGUACCUCCUGAUCCCGAACGCGUGCCUCGCGGUCUGCCUCAACAUCACCAUCGCGCAGGUGAUCAAGGAGACGUCCGCCGUCGGCUUCAUGAUCACCGGCAUGGUCAAGGACGUCGUCCUGGUCUGCUUCUCCUCCGUGGUGUUCCACGACACCAUUCAGAGGCAGCAGUGGUUCGCGUUCAUGAUUACGCUCAGCGGGGUGUUCUUCUGGUCGUACAUGAAGAUUGACCCUUCCUCCAAGGCGGUGCAGACGUUCGAGAAGAUACUCGGGGUCGGCAGCUGGCCCUUCCCAGGCGAGCCGCUCGCGGCGCCCGCGAAGCCCAAGCAGCCGGACGAGGCGACGCCCAUCGCCCCGAAGAGCGCGUGA